AAUAGAAUCAGCGCGAAAGGGAGAAAGAGGGAGGACGGCACAAAUCAACCUGCCUCUUGACUUAAACAACAGAUUAGAGGAGCAGUAGACACAGAGAUUGGGAAGUGUGCGUUGUGCUGUUUCAGUUAUAUUUUUGGAGUGAGGAAGGGGACAAUGGACAGGAGGAAGUGAAGCUUGAGGAGGAAAAGAAGCUCACUGUGGAGGAAGAUAGCAGAAAAAUGCUGUCAUGGGGAGAAAAGGGGAGGGAGUCGGCAGAGAGGAACAGGAUGGAACAUGGCAGGGUUGAGCAGAGCUGAAACGUGGAGGUGGUCAGGAGACAAGAUCAAAAAGAAAGCUGCUGGCACUAAAGAGUACACACGAAUGGACACAUGUUAGAAGGGCUGAGACAGACAGAGUCUCUUCUACACGGAGGACAAAGAGUUGAGUCUCAGUGAUGAUCGCCACAUCCUCAUGCCACAGGAAGCAGCGCCCCACCACAAAACACACAUCUGCAAAACUGGAGAAAAAAAAGAAAACAACUCAAAAUUCCGUUCAGUCUUUUUCAUUCUCACCCAAGAAAUUGCUGCUUUGUGAACACAAAGUGUGCCACAUUACUGAGACAUCAGUGAGAGCCAAAGGGUUGAAAGAGUUCAGGAAUCUACAAGGUGUGAAUGAGGAUUAUAUUUCUUGCUUUCACUCAGAGGAGUUUUUCAUCUUUGUCCACUGUGCUUCGUUUCACACCAGCACCACAGAGACCAGGACAGACACUUAACUGGGAAUCUCAGGACCAGAGUCAAGAGCAUACUGUUGGACUGGACUUGGUUUGCAAGGCACCAUGCAGUCAGAUGACCUCUUCAUUCGCAAAUUUCGUCGUCAGAAUGUGCGGCCUCCAAUUGCCACUGUCAGCUUUGAUCCCAAAAGGGAAGCAGGUGUUGUGGAAUGGCCUCCCAGGAGGGAUGGUGAUGGAGUUGAUGGUGACAGCCUCACUCCGAGCCGUGUGGGACUGAAUCUGAGGUCAGUGGGCAGGGGCCACAUCAUGCAGAGAAGUAACAGUGAUGUAACCUUGGGAGACUUGGACUCCUCUGGUAAAGCAGGGGUUAAAUCAAAUCGUGUGGUUGGAGAAAAGACAGGUGUGGGGGCUCAGGGCGACUCAAGUGUGCUGUUACACAGGGAAUAUGGCAGCCUGUCCUCACUGGAGAGACAAACUCAAGCCCAGGAGCCAAGCACAGAUGACCAAGGGCCCUUGAGUCCAAAUGCCCUCCGCUUUAAAGACCCGUUCCUGCUUUUAGGACUGCAGGGAAAUCCUCCAGAGCCAGAUGGAUUUUUUCGGGGUCUGUCUGUUUCCACGGGAGACUCCCCAAAACCAGUCAAGCCACCAAAGCCAGAAGGUCUAAGUAAAAAGAGUAAACCUGGGCCCCUGCAGAUUCCUCAACCAGGCCCAUAUGACCACAUUGUAGGUGGGGCAUGGGUGAGGAACUUUGCCCAUUAUGAUGUUCAAAGCAUUUUGUUCGACCUCACAGAGGCAGCCACCAACAGAGACAGUAUUGGGCGGAAAAAGAAUAUCACCUCAGGGGCUUCAGCAGCCUCCCAGCUGCGCCCCUCCCAGACCACCCCAUCCUCACCUGCACAGGGUGGGGGAGGCAACGGGGGAAAUGCAGAUGACCCUGAGCAGUCACUGUUGUUGGACGAAGGUGAUGGCAAUGACAAUGAGCUCCUGCUCAGCUGUCCCCACUUUCGCAAUGAGACUGGGGGAGAAGAGCAGAUUGGCUUAUGUCUAUUGCAGGGGCGGCGAGGACUCUGGUCAAGCCUACGGACCCCGAAUGAUGCUGUGUCAGUUCUAGAGGAGCCCAGAGAAAGUCACAUUCAACAACAGGGCAAGAGCAACUACUUUAUUGAGCAUGCAGAUCUGGGAGCUCAUUACUAUCGCAAAUAUUUCUACAUGAAAGAACACCAGAAUUUCUUUGGUAUGGAUGAUCGUCUUGGUCCAGUGGCCAUCAGUUUCCGUCGAGAGGAGAAAGAAGGAUCCAGUGGAGCUCAAUACAAUUACAGGAUCAUCUUUCGCACCACGGAGAUGAAGACUUUGCGAGGCUCCAUCCUGGAGGAGUCCGUGCCCUCUGCAGCUCGUCACACCACCCCCAGAGGCUUGUCUCCCAAGAGACUGCUGGAGUUCAUCAUGCCUGAACUGAACCUGCACUGUCUUCGCUUGGCCUCAAACUCCCCCAAGGUCCGGGACACUCUGCUGAAGCUGGACGAACAGGGGCUGAAUUUCCAGAGAAAAGUCGGGGUUAUGUACUGCCGGGCUGGUCAGAGCUCAGAGGAAGACAUGUACAACAAUGAGAGCUCUGGGCCAGCAUUUGAGGAGUUCCUGGAUCUACUUGGGGAGCGGGUGCGGCUGAAGGGCUGGGAGAAAUACAGAGCUCAGCUGGACAACAAGACGGACUCAACUGGGACACACUCCCUCUACACGCGCUACCAGGACUAUGAGAUUAUGUUUCAUGUGUCCACUAUGCUGCCCUACACAGCUAAUAACACACAACAGUUGCUGAGGAAACGACACAUUGGAAACGACAUAGUGACCAUCGUUUUCCAGGAGCCUGGUGCUUUGCCUUUCACGCCAAAGUCUAUCCGCUCCCAUUUCCAACAUGUCUUCAUCAUUGUUCAGGUUCAUGAGCCCUGCACAGACAACACCUAUUACAGGGUGGCUGUGACACGCUCUAAAGACAUGCCAUUAUUUGGCCCCUUAUUCCCCAAGGGCGCGCGAUUCCCUCGCUCACCUGCCUUCAGAGAUUUCCUCCUGGCAAAGGCAGUGAACGCUGAAAAUGCAGCAGAAAAGUCAGAGAAGUUCCGCUCUAUGGCCACCCGCACGCGACAGGAAUACCUGAAGGACCUGGCUGAGAACUAUGUGACCACCACACCCAUCGACUCCUCCACCAAGUUCCCUCUGCUCUCUUUGGGAGGGAAGCGCAAAGACAAGCUGAAGGGGGCCAAAGGUGCAGAGUUGCACAGUGCUGGGGCAUUGGUGUGGGCUGUGAUGGUCUCCAGCAGAGAUGAAGGGGAAGCAGGAGAACUCAAGCUCCCCUGUCUGCUUGGCGUUUCAGCAGAGUCAGUAGUACUGAUAGAGAGGUGCACACGCAGGGUGGUGUUUAACUGCUCCUGCAGAGAUGUUAUUGGCUGGAAAGCAGUGACAGAGACUAAGGAGGGGGGGCCUUGUUUGGAUGUCUACUAUGAGCGUGGGGAGUCUGUGUCUAUCAGUGUGAUGGAGAGCCAGGUGGAGGAUAUACGUGAGGUGGUGCAGAGGCUAGAGCUGGUUACGCGAGGCUGUGAAGCGCUGGAGGUCACCCCCCUGCGUGAUGGGGUUGGUCAGCCCGGGUUCCUGAUGAACGAGGAGGGAUUUGUGACAGAGCUGCAGCGGUUCUGCUAUGCUGAAAGUGGAGGCUUGCAGCUGUGGGCUCGUGUGGUGCGGCUGUGUGGUCACUCACUGGUUCACCUGAGCCCCGAGGAGAGGACCAGGCUGCUGCGCACAGCGCACAAGAUCCACAUCACUGUCAUACCACCGGACGAGAACGGCAAGCCUCGCAGAAGUUUCUCUGAGCUGUACCAGAAAGCCAUCAAGGAUGCAGAGUGUAAGCCAGGUGAAGAUCAGUCAGGAGAGGCUUGGGUGCUGGAUGAGAGAGAGGAAGGCGAGGAUGAAGAGCAAGACGAGGUGAAGAAGGACGAAUGGAACGUGGAAAGAGUCAGUGAAGCAGAUAUAAUGGAGGUGAAGGUUGAGGCUGAGGAGGGGGAGGAGCUGUGGUGUGAUAAAGGAAAAAGUGACAGAGGUCACGACUUGCUCGUGGCACCACGAAGUUUACCUCUGUUACGAGCCACUUCUCUCCAGGACCCACCAGCCAAUCAUAGCAAGGAGGCCAGUGCCUCGCUGCUCACACGCAGCUUCUCCUUGGAGAGACAGCCAUUCUACAAGGAUAUGUGUGAUGGACAUCUGUAUGACAAUGUGGGGCUGAAGGUUGAACACCACAUCUAUGAAAAUGUCCGGGAGCUGAGAGGAACCACACCUGAUCUGAUCCUUGCUGUAAAACCCAAGGUUUCCCUGGAAGACGAACAGUUCAUGGGAGCUGAGUUUGCCGAUGACAGAGCUUCAGUGAGUGACUCUGCUUUUUCCUUGUCCCGGUUGUCAUGUGUAGACCGCGCUGAGCGAAAUUCACGAGCUCUAAGUCUUCAUAACACCAUCACUAAGAUUCUCUCAGAAACAACAGAUUCAACAGAGGAGGAGUGGCAAUCAAUCGCUGACCUGGCCACAGCAUGCCGCAACAUCCUGGAAGCUUUGUCACGAGAGGACCGCAAAGUAGGAGAUCCAUCUCAAGCAGGAGCUGACCAGGCUGAUGGCAAGAUUAAAGACUCAAAAGAAAGUGACUCUCCAGGCCAUCUAGAGGAGAAGGUAUCACAGCUGGAGGCCAUGCUGAAGAGGCUGCAGGAUGACUUGCAAAAGGAGAAGGAGGACAAGGCGGUGCUGCAGGCCGAGGUGCAGAGCCUCAGACAGAACAAUCAACGGCUGCAGGAGGAGUCGCAGAGCACAGUAGCCCGCCUCAUCAAAGUUACCGAGCUGCUGUGCAAUGUCAACAAGCCCUGUUAGCUUCAUCACUGCACAAGCAGGCAAAUCAGAAGAAAGAUGCAAACCGAACAGUGUCUGUGUAUGCUCGGUACACUCGAUGUGUUCAUACACACACCUGUAUUCUUCAGUCUGUGUAUUACCACAGCCUCUGUCCUGAAUCCUGCCUGUUGGUGAUGGAGUAUGCAAAUCAACUGAUAAAAAAUAAAUAAAUAAAUAAAUUACAUUUUAAGAUCCGAUGACCUUCACAGACUGACAGGUGUGCAGCUCUCAGGCUGCUUUGUUGCUGGAGUGUGUAUAAUAGUGUGUGGAUGUGUGCCACACGUGUGUGUGUGUGUGUGUGUGUGUGUCUGUAUGUGUGCAUCUCUUCCGGUACUUACAAAUACUUGACAAGCUGAGCUGAAGAGCACUUGCAUAAAAAAAGUGGCAAUUAAGACUGAGGGACACUGAAUAGCAUGUUUGUUAGUGUCUUACCUGAAUAUACCAAAAGUGUAUAUAUUUAUGUAUAUAUUAAUAUACCACCAAUAAUGUAUGUGAACCGUAGUAUUGCUAUCCUCUCUGCCAGAUGUGUAGUUGUGUGGUUCUGUGUGAGGGAACGUGACAGUCAAUCCUGCGGACAGCCAGAAGUAACAAUGUUAACUGACAUAGGAUCAGUUAUGUGAGGUCAUUAUUCUCAUCCUCUUCUCAGUAGUACUGUAUUUAAGAAAGGAAAGGAGAGACAAUAAAAAAGUAUAUACAGAUAUAUAUGUAUGUAUAUAUAUAUAUAUAUAUAUAUACAUAUAUAUGUAUAUGUAUACAUAAAUAGGAAUGGAAAUGUCUAAAACAAUGAACUGAGCAUGCUUGUUCCCUCUGAAAGUGUGUAUGUGAACAGUAUUAAAGUAAUACUGACAAGGUUUAUACCUCUCUCCUGAAAAACACAGCUCAUGGCAGGAAAUAGCUGUUUUCCUCUAACCUCACUAUUGUAGCAGCCAUACUGUAGAGGAUCUCCUGCUAGUUUCAACCACAAAAGGCCAAACGGCAGCUUUUCUUUUAACUCACAAAAUAGCUUUACAUGUCUGGAUAAAACACAUUGAACUAAUAGUGGAAAGCAGAAUAUUGUAUUUAAAUAUGAUUUGUGGGACUAUUUUGGGGUAAUUGUUCAGUAUGGCCCAUGCGUGGCAACAGUCAAUGCAGUCGGUGAAAUCUUUUGUUUGUCCGUCUUUCUUGCACUUUUAUUUUUGUGAAAUCAGCACAGGGCACAUCCUGUAUUUGGUUCAGUCAUAUCCUGUUCAACAUAAGAAGGUGGGUAAGACCCCUCUCAAACCUCACCUUUUUGUGUCCACUGUUGACCGUGCCGUGAUCAAACAUGCAUUCAGAGGAGUUGGACUGCGUCUCCUCAGUGCCAACAAAAAACUCAGGCAGCUCUCCUGAAUCCCACUGAUAUGGAACAGAACUGACUCAAUCACAAACUCAACUCCAACUACAGACUCUGAGCUUAGAUAAAAAGGAUUCCAAACUUU